AUGCUGCCCACGUGCCAAUACUUUCAAACGCCGCUCGUCUCCGUCCCUGACGCCGGAAGGAAGGCCGUGCUCCCGGCCGCCAGAUCCCUGAUCCGCCUCUCCUCCUCUCUCGGCCGCCAGCCGCUUGCGCGGUCCGCCGGUCUCUGGAUCGAUUGGGACGAGGGGAGCGGAGCCGGCAUUGUUUUGACAUCCGCGCAUCUCAUCCGUGCCAAGGAGGCGCUGCCCAAAGACUACCGGAUGCUCAAAGACCGGCACCUGUAUCAUCCCGGUGCUCAAGUUACUGUUCACUUGCUCGACGACACCACUACGGAAGGCCGCCUGCUCUAUCAUCAGGAGCAUUACGAUGUAGCUUUCUUCAAGGUUGCAGUGGAUCGACGUGUUCAACUAACCUCCUUUGCGGACACAGUCAACAUUGGUCAGAAAGCUUUGCGACUUGGAAGAGAAGAAAAUUUAAAUCUCAGGAUAACCCAUGGCAAGGUUAAACUAGACGAGGCGGAACUAGGAGAGCGACACCACCACAACAUGUACUUUUAUCCCGAUGAAAAAUAUGAGGAGGAGGAGACUGAAGAGAGGCAGAGAAAGUGGAGGGGAAAGGGUGUGUACAUACCUAGGUGUGACGAUGAUGGAGAGCCGGUCAUUGACUUUGAUGGAAAGGUUGUGGGGAUAAUCAACUGUUCUGAAAGUGGAUCCUUUGUUCCUUCUUCCAUUUUGAACAACUGCAUGUAUUUGUGGAGGAAUUUCGGGUGCAUCCCUCGGCCCCAUCUUGGAUUACAGUGUGAGGCCCUGAAGUUUUUAGAUCCCAUCCAUGCUGAGUAUAUAUGGCGCAAGCUAAACAUUGAUGAUGGUCUUGUUGUUAAAGAGGUGUCAAUAGGAUCUCAAGCUGAGAAAGUUGGAAUCCGAGUUGGUGAUAUUAUUGAAUGCAUUGAUGGAGAACGUAUUUCCACCACAAUUGAGUUGGAAAACAAGUUGUUGAGCAUAUGCAUGGGCACUUUUGAUAGAGGAAAUGACAUUAAUGCUAAAGUGGAUGUUUCUGUCCGAGUAUUUCACACGGCCAACCAUGUCUGGAGAACAAAACAGUUAACUGUAAAUUUAUCCGAUCGCCGAGAAGUUGUUGAAGGAGCUUAUUAUCCUAUCACUAAUGAAGAAGGGUGUUCUGCUCUUGUGUCACCUGACCAAGUUAACUCGGACUAG